UAUUGGAUUGAAGUUUGAUGCUGCCAGAGACGAGGGUGGUGGCGCCCUUUGCUGCCAAGUGGGCAUGUAGCUUCUACCUAAUAAUCUAUCGUCGAUCCGCAUGUCUGCAGGAACCGGGUCAGCGGUUUAAUGGAACAAUAAAAAUGUCAGAAUUUGGCGCAUGUGGGACCUACCUAGCAAUCUCAUAAAGUCGCUUACGCUGCUCAUAAUCAAACUGUUAUGAAAGAGGGAGUUGAAGCAGGGUUUUCUCAGAAUAUAUAGAACAGAAGUCGGUUUCAAUCUUGAAAUCCGAUUCUUAUGAUUGCUUCAGAUUUCAGUACCCUGCAGCCGAUUACAACCUUUAGUCCUAUGCGAAAUAGGAGCUAGAAGUGAAGAAAGACUUCUGCAUGUCUUUAAUUUUUUCUUUUUCAUCGGAAUUAUAUGGAAAAUAUCGACAUGGCGAAAGAUGGCCGAGGUGGAGAAGAUUUAGUGCAGUGUGUUACUGAAAAUACACAGUCAGCGGAUGAAAAUCUUUUAUCGAAAAGACUUACUAGAAAGUUAGAGCCAGAGCACACAGUGUUAUUAAACUUUAGGAGAUCUAGAACGAGCACAAGUUACAGAGAGUUAUUCCUUCAUUGCGAUCAUGGCUUAUAUUAUAAAAUUCCAAAGCAUAUCAUAAGCAUAGACGAAAAAAAUGUUCUUGGGUGCCUCGAAUUGAUAUGUAGGAACAGAUUAGGGGAAGCAGCGUGCAGUUUUGCCUCAGAAGUGGCUACGUUGUCAGAUAGUUUGGCUAACUUAACAGAAAGUCGUUGCAGAAGUUCGUAUGACAUGGCUAAGUUAUUUAUAGAAUGUCCUUUGCCAGUUGGGACCCAAAAUGUUAACGUGAGCUCGACUGGUAUUAACAGAACUAUCACUAGCAAGAGUACGGACAUCUCUAAAAACCUGUCGUUUAACCAAUUCAGUCCCGUAGACGGCAAUGCCAACUCUGGAAGAACGAGUUUACUUGAAAUCUGUGAGCCAGCUUAUUUUGAAUUUGUGAACCCUCCACGUGUGUUGAGCAACAGCAGUUCAUCUUGUAAACUAAUGAAGGAUGCAACCGUUCUCAACCAUGUUUUUGCAUCUGCACCUUUGCAUAAAAGGAUCAUACCUGUGUCGAGCACAAACAGCACCUGCUCGGAUCAAUCAUCUUCUUCUUCUUCAUGUGCUACCUUGUUUAAGGGAAUGCUACAAUGCACGUGGAAGAAUGGGCUACCACAGUACACUUUUUCCAUGGAUGAUACGAGAAAAAUUUAUGUGGCCAGCUCCUUUAAGGUCGAGUCUCCUGACGGUAAAGUUUUAGAUUGUGUUUACACGUUUCAUUCAAUGGAAAAUGGCAGUAAAGAUUGUGAUAAACGUGAGGUUGAGCCAGAACUUGUUGGGAAGAUGCGGGUGUCUUCUUCUAUCACUUUCUGUUCAAACAACUCCGAGAUAAUGGAGACUCGAUUUGUUCUAUUUCGUUCCGAUGACAAUAAUUUGGGAGAGAUGCAAAGCUCUAGUCAUUCUCUCCAGCAGAAUAAGAGAUUGGCACGGAAGAUUGUGGAUGUUUUCAAGUCAACUCGCUCUUAUAAAGAGAGACCAUCUCCUAAAUUUGUGGAGAAGAGUGCAAGUUUUGAAGAUACUUAUCGGCAUUCAUCUCAUCAAGUGCAAAAGAGUCCUAAUCCAGUCGAGGCGAGUGUAGAAAGUCAAUACGCUCCAAAUCUUGAGUUGGCAGCCAUUGUUAUGAGACACCAUACUUGCAAGAAAAGCAAGGAGUCAGGAAUUGGAGGGUGGGGAUUGAAGUUUCUCGAAAGAUCUGGAAUUAAUUCCUCGAUAUCUUCAGAAUGUAGUCCUCAAAAUUGUGGUGAAUGCUCGAUGAGCAUGAAUAUUAUAGUUCCAGCAGAUGUUCACGGAGGACCAAGAACCAGAAUUGGUGGCCCCUCAAGUCUUAUUGAGAGGUGGAUUUCUGGUGGGCGCUGUGACUGUGGGGGCUGGGAUAUUGGGUGCCCAUUAACGGUACUCGAUUCCAGAUCGUGCAUCAUGGAGGCUUCGCCUCCUAAUUCCAGGGAAUGCAAGUCAUUUGAGCUCUUUAUACAGGGUUCAAAGCAAAAUACACCAAUCUUCAAAAUGGUGAAUAUCCAUGAAGGCUUGUAUUAUAUCCAUUUUCAAUCAACUUUGUCAUCUUUGCAGUCUUUUGCCAUAGCUGCUUCCAUUUUUCAUUCUCAUAAUCCCGUUCUUCAAUUGUGAAGUCAUGUUUGGUGUGCAGUAUUGGAUACAGUAUGGGAUAAACGUAUAGGAAUUGAUCUGACAAAGUUUGGGGAUUAAUUUGUAGAGAUACAGCCUUUUGCCAUAGAGAUUUUAGAUGAAGCUGCACCAUAGAUUUUAUCCCCAUAAGCUAGGAUUUAGAAGUUUUUGAGGACCACGAAGGGUUAUACCAUCUCUCGAAGAGUUCUAUGAUCAUAGUGACCGGACGUUUCCUUCACAACAAGCUACAUGUUGAGUAGGCUUGAAUUUAUUUUUUAUUUUUUUCUUUUUUCUCUUUAAUAUGGUUUUGUAAUGUUUUUCUGUCUGAUAUUUAUAUAGUUUACGAUGUCUGGGAAUUUUUAAUAAGUUGUACCAUCGUAUAUGACCCUUUCUUA